AUGGGGGUGUUGAUGUCCAAGCGGCAGACAGUGGAACAGGUGCAGAAGGUCAGCCUGGCUGUGUCUGCUUUCAAGGAUGGGCUGCGGGACAGGCCCUCCCUCCGACGCACCGGUGAGCCAGCAGCGUCCCGCCGCGGCACCGUCGAGGGCCCCGUUCAGGAGGUGCAGGAGGAGGAGGAGGCAGGGCCAGCCACCCCGGAGCUCCAGGGAGAGAGCAGAGCCAGCCAGGCAGCUUGGGAGCGGCUCCGAGAUGGGCGGGGAGUGGAGCCCGAGGAGUUCGACCGGACCAGUCGUUUCACACCUCCUGCCUUCAUACGUCCCACCCGGAAGCUGGAUGAUGACAAGCCUCCAGAUAUCUGCCUGGAGCCCAGAGAGCCUGUUGUCAACGACGAGAUGUGUGACGUCUGUGAGGUCUGGACGGCUGAGAACCUCUUCCCGUGCAGGGUCUGUACCAGAGUUUUCCACGACGGCUGCCUGCGCCGCAUGGGCUACAUCCAGGGAGACAGUGCAGCAGAGGUGGCCGAGCUGGCCCACACAGAGACCGGCUGGAGCUGCCACUACUGCCACGACCUCAACCUGCUGCUCACCGAGGAGGAGAUGUACAGCCUCACGGAGACCUUCCAGCGGUGCGGCGUCAUCCCCGAUUGCUCCCUGAUGCUGGAGGACUUCCUGCGUUACCGCCACCAAGCAGCCAAGCGGGGAGACCGGGCCCUGAGUGAGGAACAAGAGCGGCAGGCAGCCCGCCAGUUUGCGGCCCUGGACCCUGGACACCGAGGCCACAUCGAGUGGCCCGACUUCUUGUCGCACGAGUCGCUCCUACUUCUGCAGCAGCUGCGCCCCCAGAACUCUCUGCUGAGGCUUCUGACAGUCAAGGAGCGAGAAUAUGUGGACUGGCCUACCUUCCUGCAGGAGAACGCCAUCUACAUCCUGGCUGCCCGUCCCAACAGCGCAGCCAUUCAUCUGAAGCCUCCAGGAUAG